AUGCGAGCCCACUCCAUGGAUGAUAGGUUUGCUUUUGCAUCCAUUGAUGCUAAUACUGUAACUCCUGAUAAACAGUUUAUAUUAAUUGGCCACUCUAUGGGUACCUCACUGGCAGGUCGGGUAGCGUUGCGAUAUGGUCCUGGCCGAUGUAAAGGCGUUGUAGCAAUUUGCCCACCUUCUCAUGUUGACCCAAAGAUGAGAUCUACCAGAAAGUCACUCGCGUACAUCCCAGAAUUUGUGUUCAAUAUUUUUCGAGCUGUCGAUAGAUCGGGAGGGUUGACAUCUCACUCUGUUAAUCGUAUGGUCAGCCCAUCAGUCCCUCCUACGCAUGAAAUCCGAACUAAACAACUGCGGAUAAACUUACAGGUGAAUACAGGGCCCUGGAUGAAAACAGCGUACAAUUUCGAACCCUUAACGAGCAGAGAGUGGGGCGAGCUCAAUUGUCCAGUUUUUUUAAUUGGUAGUGAAAAUGAUGUUGUCACACCCAAAAACGAUGUGUAUGAUAUUUUUGGGUGGCUAAAUGAUAAAGCUAAAGGAGGUAAAAAUGUGAUCGACCCUGUGAUUUUACAUGAUUCUGGACAUGCUGCGUUAAUUGAGAAGCAUCAUGUUCUUGAAGGACUGAUAUCUGACUUUAUUAUCAAGCAUGUGAAUAUUAAGCUUUCUCUAGGGUGGCAGCUAGCAUACCUUGCAUCUAAAUCAGACAAGUGGUCUCUGAAAAACGAAGCAAAAUGGCGUAAGACUCUGGCUGUAGGUGAGAAAAUAAGGGGAACACGACUUCGAGGUAUGAAAACACUUCGUCAAAAUGAUCUAGAACACUCUCCGUCGAUAUUAGAAAAAAAAUAUCCAGAUAUUUAUUCAAUCAUCGAUAUAUCUCGUGAACCACCUCCAUAUGAUCCAGCAUCAUUCACUAGGAUCAGUUAUCACAAGUUUCCCACUGUCUCCAAACUUCCGCCCACAAAGAAAGAAGUGGCAGACUUUAUCGAGAUGGUUGAUACAUGCAUGGAAGAAAUCAAACUGCGUACCCAGUCUGCGGACCCACCACCCGACGCUACCUUAGCUGUACACUGCCACUAUGGAUUCAAUCGUACAGGGUUUUUUCUGUGUAGCUAUAUGGUGGAGCGCCUAGGAUAUUCGAUAAACGAGGCAGUAGAAGCAUUUUCAAUAUCACGUCCACCUGGGAUUAAACAUCCUCAUUUCAUAGACGAGCUCUAUGUUCGUUAUGAACUCUAG